AAAAUGGCGGCGGGAAAAGCGAGUGAAACAGAGGAGGACUUUCCGACACUGACAGCCCAGGAGAGGGACACUUUGGCCGGGAUCGACAGCUCACUGUUUGGAUUUCAGAAGCUUCAUGAAGAUGGCGCCAGAACGAAGGCCCUGUUGAUGAAGGCUGUUCGCUGCUACGAUUCGCUCAUCCUCAAGGCUGAGGGCAAAGUGGAGCCUGAAAUCUUCUGCCAGCUCGGUCACUUCAACCUCCUGUUGGAGGAUUAUCCGAAAGCAUUAUCAGCAUACCAGAGGUACUACAGUUUACAAUCCGACUACUGGAAGUUCAGUUCCACAUCGCUCAUCUKUAUGAGAUUCAGAAGAGAUACCGGGCUUCCAAGGAGGCUUACGAGAAUCUCCUGCAGACGGAGGAUCUCCCUGCACAGGUGAAGGCCACUACUCUGCAGCAGCUAGGCUGGAUGCAUCACACGGUGGAGCAGCUCGGGGACAAAUCCAGCAGGGACAGCUAUGCCAUUCAGUGUCUGCAGAAGUCUCUGGAAGCCGACCCCAACUCCGGACAGUCCUGGUACUUCCUUGGAAGGUGCUACGCUAGUAUUGGCAAGGUCCAGGAUGCUUUCAUCUCCUACCGUCAGUCCAUCGACAAAUCCGAGGCCAGCGCUGACACGUGGUGCUCUAUAGGGGUGUUGUACCAGCAGCAGAACCAGCCCAUGGACGCUCUGCAGGCCUACAUCUGCGCUGUGCAGCUGGACCACAGCCACGCUGCCGCCUGGAUGGACCUGGGCACACUGUACGAGUCCUGCAACCAGCCCCACGACGCCAUCAAGUGCUACAUCAACGCCACCCGCAGCAAGGGCUGCACCAACACCACCGCUCUGACCCACCGCAUCAAAUGUCUGCAGGCUCAGUUGAGUAACCCCCAGCUCAGUAGCCUACAGGGUAAAAGUAAAAUGCUCCCUCUUAUUGAGGAGGCCUGGAGUCUACCAAUCCCAGCUGAGCUAACCUCCAGGCAGGGAGGCCUGAGCAGUGCACCGCAGCAGGCCUGUAAGCCCAAUCAUAGUGCGGAAGGCGGGGGCUCRAGUCAGUCCCUGCCCCCUCAUGUGGGCUCGCUGGGCCAAGCAGACGAUCAAUCCUGCCCAGCCAAGAGGAGGAGAGCGGCCAGUCCUGCCAAGAGUGAUUCAUGGACCAGUAAUCCACCACAGCAGCCAGCACCUAGCUGGUACCUCUCCUCUCAGAAACUACAGGUGCUGGAACAGCUGCGGAAUAACCGAGCCAACCUGAAGCCCCCACAGCUGCAGAUGUUGGAGCAGCUGGAGGCUCAGCUCGCCAUCAUGCAGCAGCACCAGAUGAAGCAAAACGCCUCAGGAAGUCAGGGGCGCCCCUCUUUCCCCAACGGUCCCUUCUCCAACUCCCUCCCCUCCCCCAGCCUCCACCUCACACGGCCCCACUUGGGACCCUACCGGCACCUUUGCCCGCCUCAGCCGCUGGCCAACGGGCCCGUGGGCUCAGGUCCUCACGAACACUCAGACUCUGUGGGCAACAGUAGUAACAGUAAUAAUAAUCAGCCAGGGCCCACAGCCACAGGACCCAACGGAGACGUGCCUUACCCGCAAGCUGCCGGCAGCAGCAACGCAGCACUGCUACCUCACUCCUGCACAAGCACGCAAACACAGGACUCCACGCCACACCAGGCCCUGCACCUAAACUCCUCUCAGGGGCUUCAGAAGGAGUGUGUUUCCCACGCGACAGGCUCAAACACUGAGGGGACUCCCUCUCACCCACAGACCCCCAACUCCACCGCUCACCCCAACAAUCAGGUUGGACAUUCCACGAAUGCCCCGUCGCCAUGGCAGCAGCCUCACAACCACCUCCCCUCGCCCCCCUCCCUCCCGCCCGCCUCUACCUCAGGUGGUGCCGGACCCGACGCGUCCACUACCAAAGAUGGCAACGCCGCAGCCGCGUCCCUUGGGAACGGGGGCUCAGGCGACAAGACGCCGGCGCCGCCUCCUCCACCACCGCCAUCCACCGACAGCAAACAGGCGCAGGUAGACGGGCUGGCCAAUCACGUCUCUGGAGAUGGCGACAAGGCGGCAGAAGGCGACGAGGCUCCGAGCCUUAGCGCAGACAAUCCCAGGCUAUCUGCCCUGCUGGCGGGGGGGAAGGGCCCAGAGGAGAGCGAGAGGCCGUCUGAGGAGACGACGUCCACAGAGUCCCAGAAGAAAGUCAACAACAUCCACCCGGCCGCCCUGCCCUCGCUUCCACAAGAGCAGGGCGGCUCCGCCACCUCCACCGCCACGCCCUCGCCCAAAUCCUCUGAAAACACCCAACUGGACGCCCGCAGCCCCCCCAGCACCACGCCCGCAACGCCCGCCAUCAACGGAAACGGCAAGGGGGGCAUCUCGGAGGACUCGCAAAGCCCACUGAAGGCUGAGCCGCCCUCCUCCUUCACCGGUCUGAAAGCCACGCCUCCACACAGACACAGCUCGUCAUCAUCCUCCUCCUCCAUUUCCAUCUACCCCAGCUCCACGGACGUCCUGAAGGCCUGCAGAAACCUGGGGAAGAACGGGCUGUCGAACAGCAGCAUCCUCCUGGAUAAGUGCCCUCCCCCCCGGCUGCCGCCCCCUCCCUCACCAGCCCUGCCCAAAGACAAACUGAACCCUCCCACACCCAGUAUCUAUCUGGAAAACAAGAGGGAUGCUUUUUUCCCACCACUGCACCAGUUCUGCACAAACCCCUCCAACCCUGUCACCGUCAUCAGAGGCCUGGCCGGAGCGCUCAAACUCGACCUGGGUCUGUUCUCCACUAAGACGUUAGUAGAGGCUAACCCGGAGCACCCGGUGGAGGUCUGGACUCAGCUCUUGCAGCCCGCCGACGAGAACUGGGACCCAAGUGGCACGAAAAAAAUGUGGCGCUGCGAGAGCACCCGUACUCACACCACCAUCGCCAAAUACGCCCAGUAUCAGGCCGCAUCCUUCCAGGAGUCCCUGAGGGAGGAGAAUGAAAAGAAGGCACUGAAGGAGCCGUCAGACACGGAGCCAGCAUCAGCAGAAAG